UUGUCAAUGACAUUCAAUGUUCGUCAUACCACCCCAUAUUAUGCGCAUAUCAGUGUUAAUUAGAUAAAAAUGGAACAUAACGAGGAAUAUCACGAUCCGGAUUAUCCUGAGACGUUAACUAAUAUUAAAGAGGAGGCGCCAAUCCUUUCCGAAGAGGAGAAAAUUGUAAAAAUCAAACAAAUAAUUCACCGCGAAUUCAAGAAUGAAUUAAACAUAAGAGAAAAUGAAGUAACACUUAUAGAUCAAAGAAUGACCACCGCUAGAAGAUAUCUACACCAAGUUCGAUACUCGCUAGUAAAUAAUUACUAUAGGGAUCAAAAGUUACAACUCAGUGGCAGUCAAAUUGAAGACGAGGUGGCCGCACAGACUGAACCCAGAGCUAGAUCGGAAGUAUCGUCAAUACUCCGUGAGAGUCAACGUCGUCUUCAUCCGUCAGUUCGUAAGCUAGUCGGCAAACAAACAGUCGAUUUAGAAGAAAUAUUCAGGUCGAGGGAGCCCAGGAACAAAGCGAGGAAGGAUUAUUCUGCGAUGGUUCAAACGAAAAACAUCACAAUAUCAGCUGAUUCAACAAUAUCAUUGCGGCCCAGCAUAGAGAAGAUGGAAGAAGAAGAGCCGUGCUCCAGUAGACCUAAGAAGAUACCACGACAGAUUGACCCCAAGGUCAACAACGUGGUCACGUUUGACGAAAUCACAAGAAAUAAAAAGAAACACAGAUAUAGAAUUAUUAUAGGCAACACGUCGAAGUACGCGCCGCCCGCGUCGCGCGCGGACCGCUCGACGCACAAGUGGCUGCUGUACGUGCGCGGGCCGCCCGCGCGCGCAGACGUGUCGCGCGUGCUGCGCGCCGUGUCCGUGCAGCUGCACCACUCGUACGCGCCGCACCACACCGUGCACAUCGACAAGCCGCCGUUCCAGGUGUCGCGGCGCGGCUGGGGCGAGUUCCCGGCGCGCGUGACGCUGCACUUCGCGCUGCCCGACCGGAACCGGCCCGCCACGCUCACGCACACCAUCAAGCUGGACCGCCACUACACCGGCCUGCAGACCCUCGGCGCCGAAACGGUAGCGGACGUUUGGUUAUACAGUACGCAAGAAAUGCUAGAAUUUGAAUACAAAGCUGACGAGGAACAGAUGACUCUAAAACCGGCAGAGGAAAUAAAGCAAGAGGAACCUCCUGAGGCCAAAUGCGAUCCGAGUGAAACGAAAGUAGAACAGAACGACAGCUGGCUCGAUUUCUUCUCAAAAGACACGACAGAAGUCAACGUGGACGAAAUGUUCGUUAAGAACAUCAAAACGGAACCAGAAGACAACCAAAGCAAUGAAAUCAAUGAAACUGAACACAUAACGGAAGUAAACGAUGAUAAACACAUAACAGCUAAUGGUGAUCACGACCAAGUUAGCAAUAUACAUGUAAAGUUAGAAGAUCCCCCAACAGAAAACAAUAAACCUAAGAAGCGAAUAAUGAAAUACAUGGAUCCAUCAACUAGAAAAAUAUAUUAUCUAGAAAUGGAUAGGAAUCUAGAUUUGAGUAAAGUACAGGAAAUAAUUAUUAAUUCUCAAGGUGAUACGCAAACAGCUAAAAUAAGUCCGAUCAAAACGAACGGUUUGAAACAUGUAAGAAAUAAGAAACCAGUUUCACUAUUGAAGCCCGAGAUCAAGAAUCUACUUAAGAGAGAUGUAGAAUCUGAAAAGAUUCAACGUAGAAACGAAUUGAAUCAUAUUGAAAACGAUCAUUGUUAUCUAGCGACUAAUUGGAGAGCGUUCGAUAAAAAAUGUAAUGUAACGGAUGAAAUGAACGGUGUGUCCCUUUGUGAUAAUCUUAAAACCGUUAUAAAAAAGUUUACGUGUACGCGUGUGAUUGUUAGUUACUUGUUGAAGAAUAUACCGUUAAUAAGUGAGGAAGCGAGGAAUCCGGACUUCGUUCAGUGUCUGCCGUUCGUCGUGGAGAACGAUGAGAAAUAUUGGAAGUUGGACUUCGCUAAACGGAGAAAUAUGGAGUGGUCUCGAGCGAAAUUGAUCAACAAAAUGCUCGCAGAACGUUUCAAAACCGACCCGUCGAGCGUUUGGCGGACGAAGCAAAUUUUAGUAUAUUCCAGAUUACACGGCUACUAUCCGGUUCUAUCCGAAAAUAUCCAGAAGGAACCGGAUAUGGAAACAAAUGAAUGGUCGUCGUGGAACGAUUUGGAAAACACGAGGCAAAUAGAAUCCAAUAUUCGCAAGUUAUAUCCGAACGCUUCGGACAUCAGCAGCCUAACUUUGUUCGAUAGUGAAAAAUAUGUCGAUUGUAAUUCUUCAGAAACACUCGACUUGUGCGAUUCGGACGAAGAGAUCGACGUCGUAAAUAUAGAUGCGCCGGUAAAAGUGGAAAAUGUUAAAACGGAAACGGAAGUCGCGUUGAAAACGUUACCAGUUGAUAAGGAUGAAAAAUUAAUGUUUUAUUACAUUGAAAAAAUUUGUGCUGAUAUUGGAAUUGAACUGCGGAAUGAGAACAUAGGGAGCGGAUAUAGUUAUAGUGCGGUACACAAAGUGCUACUAACGGCUAUGAAGUGCUUCGCCGAGGAGCUGAUACGGUCGUCCUUAGCAGACCAGCUGUCACUAUCCAAUGACCCACAGUUACCUACUAUUUGGACCGGGAGCCGCGCGCGCCCGGCGCUGCGCCCGCCGCACGUGUACCGCGCCGCCCGCGCCGCGCCGCGCGCGCGCCCGCUCGCCGCGCACGCGCUCGGCGCCGAGCGCCGCCACGCGCACGCGCUCUAA